AUGCCUUUCACGAAAGAGAAAAAUUUCUACAAAUACUUGAACCCUGAGUCGCUGACAGUUUUCGUCUUUAUACAUGGUCUCGGGCUCACGCUUCAUGCCUUUUAUCCUGUUGGUCUCACCUUAUCGAAAGACUAUGGUUGCUUGUUGAUUGAUAAUCCAGGAGCAGGCCAAACGGAGCUAAAAACAGAGUCGCUUUCCAUCAAGGAGAUUGGCUCGCAUGUUUUGCAAGUCUUGGAGGAAACAGGCGCUUUGCAAAAGCGUUUGGUACUUGUGGGCCAUUCGAUGUCUGGAAUGGUGGUGAAUUACUUGGCGGCAGAAAAACCCGAAGGAAUAGAUAUCCAGGCAUGUGCGUUGAUAUCGCCUAUUCACCCUUCUGCUGCCGCCAAGCCUGGAUUUGAAGAGUUUCUUAGCAGAGUUACCGAUGCUAAGAAUUUGGAGCUGACAGCUGACUUCAUGGCAUUCCACGCAGUUGGCGCCAAGUGCUCCAACAUGAAACGCUCGUUGCUCCACCUGAUGGUGAUGUCGCUGUCUGUUUCUGGAUUUUCUGCCAAUUGUGUGGCUCUCAUAAGUUCAUGCUCUCACGAAAAAGAGUUUCAAGCCUAUUAUGAUAAGAUCGACGUUCCGGUUUUGCUUCUUCUAGGAAAGGAAGAUCCUGUGACUCCGUACAAGGACACAGCGUUAGCCUUCGAUGCCAUUCAGGCCAGAAAGAAAGUUGUGUUGGUUGAAAACGUCAGCCAUUGGGCUAUGUUGGAGGACGAAAACACGGUUCUGGCCCAGUUGAAGUCACUAGCAGAAACAUCCGCCUGA